AUGCACCGCCUGCCGCUCCUCCUCCACGUCUGGUGGGCCCUGCUCCAGGCAGGCUGUGCGCCAGUGGCCACCGUGCACCUCCGUACAUGGGGGCAGCCCUCGUCGCCGUCCCCUCUUGCCUAUAUGCUGAGCCUCUACCGUGACCCGUUGCCCCGGGCGGACAUCAUCCGCAGCCUGCAGGCGCAAGAUGUGGAGGUGCAGGGGCAAAACUGGACCUUUGCUUUUGACUUCUCCUUCCUGAGCCAAGAAGAGGAUCUGACAUGGGCUGAGCUCCGGCUGCAGCUGCCAACCCCUGUGGACCCUCCCUCUGAGGCCCCAGUGUCCAUCGAGAUUUUCCACCAGCCAAAGCUGGACGCAGAGCAGGACCCAGCCGGUUGCCUGGAACGACUUCAGAUGGACCUGUUCACUGUCACUCCAUCUCAGGUCACCUUCUCAUCAGGCAGCAUAGUCCUGGAGGUAACCAGGCCACUCUCCAAGUGGCUGAAGCACCCCAGGGAGCUAGAGGAGCAGCUCUCUGGUCCAGCUAGAGAGUGUUGGCAGCAGCCACCUGAGCUGCCCAGCACCAACGUGCUCCUCAUGCUCUACUCCAACCUCCCCCAGGAGCAGAGGCGGCUGGGCGGCUCCACACUCCUGUGGGAGGCUGAGAGCUCCUGGCGGGCCCAGGAGGGGCAGCUCUCCAAGGAGAGGAGCCGGAGGCACCGGCGACAACACUUGCCAGACAGAAGCCAACUGUGUCGGAAGGUCAAAUUCCAGGUGGAUUUCAACCUGAUCGGCUGGGGCUCCUGGAUCAUCUACCCCAAGCAGUACAAUGCCUAUCGCUGCGAGGGCGAGUGUCCCAACCCCGUGGGGGAAGAGUUUCAUCCCACCAACCAUGCAUACAUCCAGAGCUUGCUGAAACGUUACCAGCCCCAUCGCGUCCCCUCUACCUGCUGCGCCCCAGUGAAGACCAAGCCGUUGAGUAUGCUUUAUGUGGACAAUGGCAGGGUCCUGCUAGAUCAUCAUAAAGACAUGAUAGUGGAAGAAUGUGGGUGUCUAUGAAGAGAUUUGAGAGGGAUGUUGGAUUUGCCUGUCCCCUGGAAGGUUGGGAAGCUCUUGGAAGACAUGGUAACCAUCAGAUCCACUGAAGAGAAACAAAGAGGGGCAAGGUUGCUCUGUCCCCAGAACUGAAGAGGAAGGCUGCCCAUGCUAACUGCAGGGCCCUGUGGAUUGGGGCUCACC